CGGAUGGCCAACAUUCAAUUUGGGAAUGUGCGCGCGUAUGGCGGCGGCCGCUUUGUUAGCUUGGUGUUGAAGUUUGACAAGCAGUUAGAGCUUUCAAGUGAGGAGUUCCUAGGUACCUAACCAUCUGCAGCUCAUAAGUUCCUGUCUUCUUUCAUGAAUUUUCAAUCAGUCUCAGCAAUCUCAACACAGAUUGUCAAAAGCAAGCUGCGGCGUGGCAACUUCCUAGUUACCUUGCAGAUAUGGCUGAGCAUGUCGGACCAACUUUCUCUUACAGAGAUUCAGUCAUUGCAAUUCGCAGAUUGCCACUGGAUAGCUCAUUUGGCAUAGAAUCCAAUCAUGAACUCUCUCCGAUGAAGAAACAAGGAGGGAGAUUUUACAAACUUCGCUUGAAGCCGCUCUGAGGAUCAUUGAGCUGUUGCCAGCCAGCUAUAACGAAGACAUGCGCCCAAGAACAGAAUGAGAAGGUAAACACGUACUAAUAAUGGCAUGAGCGGUUUGGCUGAGAGAAGGCAAAACUUCCUGCAGCCCCUAGCAUAGUAGCAUAUUAGAGGGGCUCGUUGAAACACACAACUGAGAGAGACUGGAAUCUUGUUUGUGGACGUGGCACUGAGAUAGCAAGAUGGACGGGAGUGACGAAGCAAAUGUGAUCACCGAGGAGCUUAUCAGAGAAUGUGUGAAGGUGCUCAACAAAGGAGAGCCUGGGCAAACCAUUGAGCCUGUAAUCUCCUUGAGGGAAACACAGUCUCUUAUAGCCAGCUUCAAGCGUAUCAAGAAGAUUGAUAAUCUGCGGGGCCUGGACAGUCUUACCAAACUGCAGUUGGACAACAACUCCAUAACCAAGAUUGAGAACUUGAGCCAUUUGACCAACCUGACAUGGCUCGACCUGUCAUUCAACAACCUUACCAAAAUAGAAGGCCUGGAGUCGCUGACGAAGUUGACAGACCUGUCGCUGUUCAACAACAAGAUUGACAAGAUUGAAGGGCUGGACAGUCUCUCCAACCUGAACGUCCUAUCCCUGGGAAACAACAAUCUGAAGAACCUUGACAGCCUACUGUACCUGAGGCGGUUACGGAAUCUGCGACUCCUGAACCUAGACGGUAACCCGUUUGGCAAGGAUCCUGAGUACAAAAACUACGUGAUCGCGCACGUCAAAGAUCUCAAGUACCUCGACUAUCGGACGGUGGAGGCUGCAGCGGUGACCGCCGCGCGCGAGCAAUACCAGGACGAGCUGAUCGAGAUCGAGGAGCGCGAGGAGGGCGACCUGACGCGGGAGAAGGAGCGGGGCGAGGUCGCCGCAGAGGCGGCGCGCCUCGCGGCCGCAAACCUGACGGGCAUCGGGACACUGUUUGAGGACAUGAUUGCGGAGGACCCGGAGCAUGCGAAACUGAAGAAAGUGCCAACUCUGCUUGACGCCCUGACAGAGUUCCGGGACAAGUCCGUUCCGCUGACGGAAGACUUCCGGACCGCGAUCCUGGAGCAGCACAAGAAGGUGGCAGACGAGCGGCAGCUCUGGCAGGACGCGGUCGCGCGCGCGACGGCCGACAAGAACGCGGCCGCGCGCGCGCUCGUCAGCGCUUUCGAGAGCGCUCGAAAGAAGGCCUUCCAGGCCGCCAAGCUGGACCCAGCGACUUCCGAGGAGGCGCUCCGCGGCCCUCGGGAGGAGAACGACCGGCUGAGAGAGAGGCUGCUAGAGCUGGAGAUGCAGACAGUGGACAUUCUGGAGGACCUGUGGACCGAGUUCGACAAGGCGUACGUCGAAAUCAUGGACGCCAACAAGCUGCAGUACACGGCGUUCUUCGGUGCGAUCCGCACGCUGGAGAACACGUUCUUUGAGGCCGUGGGGACACAGGCGGCGCACCUGCUUGAAAAGUUCGCCGGGGGCGCCUUCGAAGACUCGGAAGAGGAGCUCCAACAGAUUUUGCAAGACAAGGACGCGCUGAUGAACUCCAUCCAAGCGUCGCACGACGCGCACACGACCAAGAUCGACCAGCUGGAGGACGCGCGGCUGCAGCAGGCGCUGCGCGCGUACCAGGAGCUGAGCGCGAGCAACCGGAAGUGGGAGAUCCAGCGGAACCGCGAGCGGAUAUCUGAGAUCUGGAACUUGUUCGACCGGAACAAAGCGGAUCUGGACGCACUGAUGGAGGAUGAAGAAUGAAUGUAUAGAGACCGUAUCAUGUUACCCUACCAAACAUCUCUAUUUCAAGCAAAUGAGAAAGAUUGUGUCAUAUCAACCUAGUAAUAUCGUCGCAUAGGACCAAGGCAUCUGAAGAGCCUGUGCUUGUGUACUAGCUGCUGGCACGCCGUUGAGAGCUUGCCAUGCGAGCCUGACUUACGAUCAUGGCCCGCCACCGUGA